CGAAAGAGCAGUUCUAUCAUAAUAUUCCACCGGAUAAACAUCGAAAAAUACAAAGAAAAACAACCAUGGAUCGUUGGCUAAAUCGCGUUGCUGUCGUCACGGGAGCCAGUUCGGGAAUCGGAGCUGCCUGCUGCAAGGAUCUGGUGGCCAAGGGCCUCGUGGUCGUGGGUCUGGCCCGUCGCGAGGAGCGUCUGAAGGAGCUGAAGGACUCGCUGCCGGCGGACCAGGCCGCUCGCUUCCACGGCCGCAAGUGCGACGUGAGCAAGGAGCAGGAGGUGAUCGACACCUUCGCCUGGAUCGACGCCACUCUGGGUGGCGCCGAUGUGCUGGUGAAUAACGCCGGAAUUGUGCGGGCCGGCGUGGGCAUCACCAAGGAGGGCAAUGGCGACGAUCUGCGCGCCAUUCUGGAUACCAAUGUCCUGGGAGUCUCGUGGUGCACGCGCGAGAUCUUCAAGUCGCUGCAGCGACGCAAUGUCAACGACGGCCAUGUGCUGAUCGUCAACAGUGUGGCCGGGCAUCGGGUGCCCAACAUUCCGGGCUUCACCAUGGGCAUGUACUCGCCCUCGAAGCACGCCAUCACCGCCUUGACGGAGGUCCUGCGCCAGGAGUUCCAGAACAGCAAGACCCAGACCAAGAUCACGAGCAUCAGUCCCGGUGCCGUGGACACCGAGAUCAUCGACAAGGCCGCCCUCGUCCACUUCCCCGACCUGCCACUGCUGCGCUCCGAGGACGUCGCCGAUGCCGUCAGCUACUGCAUCCAGACCCCGCCCAAUGUCCAGAUCCACGAGCUGAUCAUCAAGCCCGUGGGCGAGACCAUCUAGACUGUCCAUGUAGCUUUAGGUACUCCCCUCCCACCCGUAAUUAUAUGCAAGUGAUCUGUUAAAA